GUUUCCCGCAGGGAACAUGUGCAUGCGGCACCGGGAAGAGCCCGACGCUCCUGCUUCCGCCGCGGCCUUCCUGCUUAGUUUUCCUGGGAAUUCCCUCUCUUGCAAUUGGAAGUCAGGUAGGGAUGCAGGAGGCGGCUUCGGAGGACGACGCGGCGGGGAGCUCCCCGUUGGACACGGAUGGACCUCGCGGAAAGUGCGCCGCCUCCUUCAAGCGCCGCUCGGACUUCAAGAGCCACCGGUUGGUGCACACGGAGGAGCGGCCGUUCCGCUGCGAGCUGUGCGGGAAGCGCUUCAAGCGCUCCUCCAACCUCCAGGAGCACCGGCGCAUCCACACGGGCGAGCGGCCCUUCGGCUGCGCCUGCUGCGCCAAGAGCUUCAAGACGCCCUACGAGCUGCAGCGGCACGCGCUCACGCACUGCACCGAGAAGCCCUUCAAGUGCGCCGACUGCGGCAAGGACUUCCCCACGUCCAACGCGCUGCUGCUGCACCAGCGGCAGCACUGCGACGACAAGCCCCACGUGUGUGGCGUGUGCGGCAAGAAGUUCACCUACGGCCACAGCCUCAAGGUGCACGAGCGCGUGCACACGGGCGAGCGCCCCUUCGUGUGCAAGACGUGCGGGAAGGCCUUCAAGCAGUCGUCCUACCUGGUGAUCCACGAGCGGGCGCACACGGGCGAGCGGCCCUACAAGUGCGACGCGUGCGGCAAGGCCUUCGCCCGGCCCUCGCUGCUGCUGCAGCACCACCGCGUGCACAGCCAGGAGCGCCCCUACAAGUGCAGCUUCUGCCACAAGUUCUUCAAGGACCUGGCCUACCUGGCGGUGCACGAGAAGGUGCACACGGGCGAGACGCCCUACAAGUGCAGCGUGUGCGACAAGGGCUUCGCGCACCCCUCCAACCUGCUGCAGCACCAGCGCGUGCACCGCGACGGAUGA